CUCCGUUCUUUCUCCAUCGCUGCCAGGAUGAGUUACGGAUCGGACGUCUUCUCCUCUUCCUCCUACCGAAGGAUCUUCGGGGAGUCCCCCCGCUACGCGUCCACUCCAUCGCGGACGGUCAUGUCGUCGCGGGGGGGCUACCGGUCCUCCUCCGCGUCCCGGAGCAACGUGGCAGGCUUGCCGGGCGCAUACGGCAGGAAGUCCGGGCGCUCCUUCGCCUCCAUGCCGGUGGAGACCUUCGACCUGGCGCAAAGCAACGUCCUCAACAACGAGUUCAAAAUCAUCCGCACCAACGAAAAGGAGCAAAUGCAAGGUCUCAACGACCGCUUCGCCAUGUUCAUCGAGAAGGUGCGCAACUUGGAGCAGCACAACAAAGUGCUGGAGACCGAGCUGGUGGCGCUGCGUCAGCGGCAGGCGGAACCGUCGCGCCUGGCCGAGCUGUACCAGCAGGAGAUCCGCGAACUGCGCUCGCAGCUGGACGAGGCCAACGGGGAGAAGUCCCAGCUCGUCAUCGAGCGGGACAGCAUCGACGACGAUCUGCAGAAGCUCCGGGGCAAAUACGAGGAGGAGUUCCGCGCCCGGGAGGAGGCGGAGGCGACCCUCAAGGCCUUCAAGAAGGACGUGGACGACGCCACCAUGGUGCGCCUGGACCUGGAGAAGAAGGUGGAAUCCCUCCUGGACGAAAUCAACUUCCUGAGGAAGGUGCACGACGAGGAGGUGGCCGAGCUGACAGAAAUGAUCCAGGCCGCGCAGGUCUCGGUGGAGAUGGAGGUCUCCAAGCCGGACCUGACCUCCGCCCUCAAGGAGAUCCGCAGCCAGUACGAGUCCAUGUCGUCCAAGAACCUGCAGUCCGCCGAGGAGUGGUACAAGACCAAGUUCAAUGACCUGUCCGAGCAGGCGACCCGCAGCAACGACACCAUCCGCGCCAGCAGGGAGGAGCUGAGCGAGUUCAGGAGGCAACUGCAGUCAAGAACCAUCGAGAUAGAGAGCCUGAGAGGCACUAAUGAGUCCCUGGAAAAGCAGCUCAGGGAGAUGGAGGAGAGGCACAAUGGAGAAAUUGGAAACUACCAGGACAACAUGGUAGAAUUGGAGAAUGAGCUGAGAGCUACAAAGAGUGAGAUGGCUCGUCAUUUAAGGGAGUACCAAGACCUGCUGAAUGUCAAGAUGGCUCUUGAUAUUGAGAUCGCAGCAUAUAGGAAGCUGCUGGAGGGUGAGGAAACCCGCAUAGGGACAGGAAUGUCCUAUUCCAGUCCGUCCAUUAGUUCAGGCGGCGGGCAAAGCUACAACUACCAGUCCCGCAUCUACAGCGGCGCCGGCAUGGGCUCCAAGAGGGAAGACAAGGACGAGAGCCGGCAGCCGCAGAGCAAGCCUGGAGCCAAGGCCACCAACCAGGUCUACGAGGAGACGGUGGUCACCACCAAAAAGGUGGAGAAGCAGCAAGAUGCCAGUGAUACCUCCACCAACCAGAAAAUCUAGCCUGUUUUGACCAAGCAACUCCCCUCUUCUAUUAAGUUUUCAUCCCUCAAAAACAAAACCAGGGUGUUUACACUCACAUCACCACAGGCACCUGAUAGUUUCUCAUAAUAAUAUGUUGGAUUUCCCACAUAUGAGCACAGUAAAACAUCUAGAGUAGCUUUUAUUUACCCUUGAAAUAACAAAGGAUUGUAACUCCACUCUAUUCGCCUUAUUUAUUCCACUUUCAUUCACACAUCGAUGAAUAAAGCACUUAGGUAGCACAUGUUAGAACCGGGGUCUUUUCAAGUACACCGUUAACUAACGUCAUAUUCAUACACACAGUAGAUCAUAAGCACUGCAAUUCCAGGAAAGGCAUGUGUGCAAUCACUAUGCAUAUGUUAGAACAAAUAUUCACUUGAUUUGAUCAAAUACCGAAAGUUCAGUAAGGAAGCACACAAACGCCAAAAUCCAUGUUGGUGCAUCAGUUCGCAUGUAAGCAUCCCAGACUAGGACCUUUUUAACUUCCUGAAUCCCAAUAAUAAUAAUAAUAAUAAUAGCUAUUCAGAUGAGCAAAUAUACUAAUCGGGCUUAUUUUGCAUGGUUAUAUGUAGCUUGCGAUUUCUGAAUGAAUGUCUACCACCGACCAUGCACAACAUCAUCAUAACGCAACAUUAAUAUUAAUAGGCUACUGCUGCUAAUGCAAUGACGAUGAGAAUGAGAAGUUUGAGCAAUUUUGUCGCGCAGGAGGAUGUAUAGUAAAUUCCGCAACAACAAAAAAAGAGAAAAGUUGAUGUGUGUAGCUAUCCAUGUCUGUCAAAUUUUCACACUUCAUGAUGACACUUAAAUGUCCAUGUCCAUAACACUAUAAGCCUGAAGACCAAACACUGCAGCAGCAAACUAUAGAAGAAAUGUGUUGAAAAUAUUACCUCUCUCUUUGUCACUUUGGCCAUGACUGGAUAAAAAAAAAAGGCUGUUGUAGUAUGAUGAGCCACUUGUAGCUUCUUUUUCUGCUUGCUCACUGCCAGCUAAAACACAGCCAUGUCACUUCUUCUCUUGUUGCGCACAACCUCGGGACCGACCACGCCCUGACAAGCUGCACUCACACAUCUAAUGGGAAAAAAAUAAAAAACGCGUGAUAUAUAACAGAUUACUAUAGAUCGGCUUGUUUUAAUUGUGGCUUAUAGCGAUGGAUCAGUAUCUCAGUACUGUAGUCGGUGUGUAUUUGUUUUUCUACGCAGUGGCAUAUCCUAACAAAAUUUGACAUUUACAUGCUGGAGUAAUAAUGGUCCAAAUGCAUAAUUACACUGUAGAACAAAUACAUUUCCAAGGGUGUCUAACAAUACACUACAACAUUGCCAAAAUAAAUGCACAUAGAGCACCAGUUUCUGACGUCACAUGACAAACAGUGUCAAAAUGUCCAAUGAAAGGAUCAAUAUUUUGCCAUAGAUGGAAAACUGUAGGAUAUAAAACGCCUUAAAACACCAGCAGCUUUGUAUCUGAUCAUGUGUGUGAUGUGAAUGAUUCUGUUCAGUGGGGUGUUUCAUCACUAGCAUAGUAUUUGCAUUUAUUAGAGCUUUGGGAUUGAAUGUAGUUGUAUGCUAUUCUCUUUCGACUUGCUAUGUAUUGCUGUGAGACACCAUAUCAAUAAAGACUUGACAUG